CCGCCCUCCUCAUGUCUUUGCCGCACACACGUCAAACGUUUCGCCGUAGCUGCGCUGUUCACCGCUGUGACAGGCGUCGUGCUGGAAGACAAGUUGGAAACAGCAGUUCUUCAACAUGAAGAAGGCAGUGGGGGUAGGAGUGCCCUUGGUGCUGGUUCUGGCCGUCGCCGCGUACCUUGCCGUGACGUGGUAUGGAAAGGAUGAAGCACCCAAACAUCGUGUCUUCAGACGAUCUGUACAACCACAUGAAAUGCCGGAUUUCCUCCAUGAAGCCAUGAAAGCAGCGGCGGCUGAGGAUGCCCCAGCUUACGUCCCUGACAAACGCUUCUUGGGGGCCAUUGCGAAGAUGGCUGGAAACCUUUUAUCGAAACCGAAGCCUGUCCAACCCGCGCAACUGAAACAAACGAUUGAUGAACUGGGUUCUGUUAAGAACAUGGGCCCAGACAUCAUGUCCGACAGUGUCAAGCAAGAGCAAGAGGUGACCGGAGAGGUUGAAAAGAGGUGGCAGAAAAAACCAUAGAAAACUUAUUUGGAGGAUCAGG